CGAUCUUCGCGUGUGUGCGUGAGCCGCUGAUAACGCAGCUGAUCGAGCGAUUUUGGGUGUGGGUUUCAGCAUUUCGAUCCGAGCAGAGGAAUCCGUGAGCAGAGCAUGGCCAGCAGUACCAACAAUACGCAGCAGUUGAACAGGAUCACCAGCGACAUGGUCCUCACGCCGCAGUCCUCGUCGAAGGAGGCGGAAAAUAAGGCGAUCCCGAGUGAUCCCCAGUGGCGUUCCCCCCAGCUGAUGAUCGUCUUCGAGGACGGUGAUCUGCACUCGGCCCGCCAGCAGCUGCUCGCCUCCCUGCAGAAUCCGUUUGCCGCGGGAUCCGUGGCCACCCUGCUGCUCCAGGAGAGCAUAGCCGAUCAGUUUGUGGGUCUGGUGGCCCAGGAUCUGCGCUCGCUGCCCCAGGCGGUGGCCCAGCAUCCCAGUUAUGUCGGCACGCUGGCCAAGAUCGAUCAGCUGAAGGCCAAGGUGGUAAAGGCCGGCGAAUCGCCCAUCCUGGUGUACGAUUGCGUGCACAGCUACCUGGGCAGCGGAGCCACCGGAGUGGUCACCCUGCACACCUUCCGCACCGCCAAGGAGGCCGGCGAGUUGGCCAAGAGGGAUCCCCUGCCCUACGGACAGGUCAGCCUGUGGAACGAGAAGCUGGCCUGCGCCUACGAACUGAUACCCCGUCUGCCUUCCGAUGUGGUGGCCCUCAACUGCUUCAAUCCGGAUCUGAGCCCCAUCAGGGAUUCCUUCGCCGGCAAUCGCAACGAUGUGCUCCUGGAAAAGAACUACCACUACGAAUCCCUGGUGGUCAGCGGCAAACGGAGGAUCGUCGUCUUCCCCGUGGGCACCAUCUUCGCCAACUGAGAAUGGAGCAACGAAACAUGACCAGGUGCUCUGCUAGGCAAUACUUUAAAAUACCUCUCAUAAGCAUUUUACUUGUAUCCAAAGGCUUUUCGCACAGUUCAAUUGGAGUUACUACUAUACCGAUCAAAUUUCUAUAUGUAAAGUAAUAUUCCCUAAAUCAAAAUAUUGUAAUAUUCCAAUUGAACUGUAGAAGGGUCUUGAGCCAGAACUGUUUUUUAUACUCUGCCAAUAAUUGUCCACUGA